AUGUCAGAAUGGACCACUAAAGUGUUGGGCAUUUGGACAAAUGCGUGUGGGGCAAUGCAGCCCCUCGCUCGGGAGCUGAACAAGACUCUCGAGGGCUCCUCUGCUAGAGAGGUGGCUAAUUCUUCCCCAGAGCCGCAUACCUACACCGCCUCUUCUAGCAAUUUUGAAUUGAAUGUGGACGAGAUUGAGGAUACCGAAUGGGACGAGACACCAUACAACAAGCUUGUCCUUCCAGAGGGUGAGAAAGAACCUAUCAUGGCUUUUGCGGAUCGCCCUCGACUCAAUAGCCAGGGUUUCGACGAUUUCAUCGCCCACAAAGGCGAGGGAAUUAUGAUCCUCCUCUGUGGUCCUCCAGGGGUCGGUAAAAUCCUGACAGCCGAAGCAAUGGAGGAAAAGUCGCGCGUACCACUAUACAUUCCGAGUGCCAGCGAUCUUGAGACCUCGCCCGAAAGAGUCAAGGCCGGUCUUUCGAAGGCCCUUGAGUGCUGUCAGCUGUGGGACGCGAUCCUUCUGCUUGACGAGGUCGAUGUCUUCCUUGAGACGAGGGGCUCUAACAGCUUGGAUCGUAACGAGCUCGUUUUCAUCUUCCUUCGUCGGCUAGAAUACUAUCAAGGCCUGAUAUUCCUGACCACGAAUCACCUCAGCGCCAUUGAUCCUGCAUUCAGAUCUAGGUUCGAUCUCAUCCUUCUAUACCGCGAUAUAGACGAGCCCUCCCGCCGGAAAAUUUGA